AUGAAUGAUGCCGCAGCAAUUCUGAAUGAAAUCAGCCCAGCCUACUCACCCAAGACAAUAGCCUACUCACCCAAGACAAUAGCCCACUCACCCAAGACAAUAGCCCACUCACCCAAGACAAUAGCCCACUCAUCUAAGACAAUAGCCUACUCACCCAAGACAAUAGCCCACUCAUCUAAGACAAUAGCCUACUCACCUAAGACAAUAGCCUCCUCACCCAAGACAAUAGCCUCCUCACCCAAGACAAUAGCCCACUCACCCAAGACAAUAGCCCACUCACCCAAGACAAUAGCCUACUCACCCAAGACAAUAGCCUCCUCACCCAAGACAAUAGCCCACUCACCCAAGACAAUAGCCCACUCACCCAAGACAAUAGCCUACUCACCCAAGACAAUAGCCUACUCACCCAAGACAAUAGCAUACUCAUCUAAGACAAUAGCAUACUCACCUAAGACAAUAGUCUACUCACCUAAGACAAAGACCUACUCACCUAAGACAAUAGCCUACUCAUCUAAGACAAAGACCUACUCAUUUAAGACAAUAGUCUACUCAGCUAAGACAAAGACCUACUCAUUUAAGACAAUAGCCUACUCAUCUAAGACGAUAGCCUACUCAUCUAAGACGAUAGCCUACUCAUCUAAGACGAUAGCCUACUCACCCAAGACAAUAGCCCACUCACCCAAGACAAUAGCCCACUCACCCAAGACAAUAGCCCACUCACCCAAGACAAUAGCCUACUCACCCAAGACAAUAGCCUACUCACCCAAGACAAUAGCCCACUCACCCAAGACAAUAGCCCACUCACCCAAGACAAUAGCCUACUCACCCAAGACAAUAGCCUACUCACCCAAGACAAUAGCCCACUCACCCAAGACAAUAGCCUACUCACCCAAGACAAUAGCCUACUCAUCUAAGACAAUAGCCUACUCACCCAAGACAAUAGCCUACUCAUCUAAGACAAUAACAAUAGCCUACUCAUCUGAGACAAUAGCCUACUCAUCUAAGACAAUAGCCUACUCAUCUAAAACAAUUGCCUACUCACCUAAGACGAUAGCCUACUCAUCUAAGACGAUAGCCUACUCAUUUAAGACAAUAGCCUACUCAUUUAAGACAAUAGCCUACUCAUCUAAGACGAUAGCCUACUCAUCUAAGACGAUAGCCUACUCAUCUAAGACGAUAGCCUACUCAUCUAAGACGAUAGCCUACUCAUCUAAGACGAUUGCCUACUCAUCUAAGACAAUUGCCUACUCAUCUAAGACAAUUGCCUACUCAUCUAAGACAAUUGCCUACUCAUCUAAGACAAUAGCCUACUCAUCUAAGACAAUAGCCUACUCAUCUAAGACAAUAGCCUACUCAUCUAAGACAAUAGCCUACUCACCUAAGACAAUAGCCUACUCACCUAAGACAAUAGCCUGCUCACCUAAGACAAUAGCCUACUCAUCUAAGACAAUAGCCUACUCAUCUAAGACAAUAGCCUGCUCAUCUAAGACAAUAGCCUGCUCACCUAAGACAAUAGCAUACUCACCUAAGACAAUAGCCUACUCAUCUAAGACAAUAGCCUGCUCAUCUAAGACAAUAUCCUACUCAUCUAAGACAAUAGCCUACUCACCUAAGACAAUAGCCUACUCACCUAAGACAAUAGCCUACUCAUCUAAGACAAUAGCCUACUCAUCUAAGACAAUAGCCUACUCAUCUAAGACAAUAGCCUACUCAUCUAAGACAAUAGCCUACUCAUCUAAGACAAUAGCCUGCUCAUCUAAGACAAUAGCCUACUCACCUAAGACAAUAGCCUACUCACCUAAGACAAUAGCCUGCUCAUCUAAGACAAUAGCCUACUCAUCUAAGACAAUAGCCUGCUCAUCUAAGACAAUAGCCUGCUCAUCUAAGACAAUAGCCUGCUCAUCUAAGACAAUAGCCUACUCACCUAAGACAAUAGCCUACUCACCUAAGACAAUAGUCUGCUCAUCUAAGACAAUAGCAUAG